UGAAAGAAGAUUCUGCAAAGAGGAUUAUCUUUGCACCUACUUUUUUGCCAACUUUUUUAAAAUUUAAGGUGGUUUUAUUCAUCAUCUCACCUGUAUAAGAUUUUCUUCAGAUGGAAUAAUGCCUUCGUGCUGGAGUAGAAGCUCCUGGUUUCCAGUAGUAUUUGGUGCUGCGCUGUUUGUUCUCAUUGCUGGCAAUGUUGGACCGAACCAGGGCAGAAGGGAGGCAGGGUCAUCAUCAUGCUUUGGAGGCUUUGAUCUCUACUUUGUCUUAGACAAAUCUGGGAGUGUGCAGAAUCACUGGACUGAAAUCUACCACUUUGUUGAGCAUCUAGCUCAUAAAUUUAUAAGUCCACAGUUGCGGAUGUCUUUCAUUGUGUUCUCCACAGAGGGAAGGAUUUUGAUGAGUCUGACAGAAGACAGAGAACGUAUCCGCAAAGGUCUGGAGGAGCUCCAGAGGGUUCUUCCAGGGGGAGACACCUUCAUGCAUGAGGGCAUCAUAAGGGCCAGUGAGCAGAUAUACUAUGGAAACACUGAAGGUUACCGCACUGCCAGUGUUAUCAUAGCUCUGACAGAUGGAGAGCUGCACGAGGAUCUUUUCUACUAUGCUGAGAGAGAGGCCAACCGUUCCCGAAGUCUGGGUGCCUCUGUUUACUGCGUGGGGGUGAAGGACUUCAAUGAGACACAGCUGGCAAAGAUUGCUGAUAGUAAGGACCAUGUCUUCCCUGUGAAUGAUGGAUUCGAGGCUUUGCAAGGGGUCAUUGAUUCUAUCCUGAAGAAGUCCUGUAUCGAGAUUCUGGCAGCAGAGCCCUCCAGUAUCUGUGCAGGAGAGACCUUCCAGGUGGUGGUGAGGGGAAAUGGAUUCCUUCACGCUCGCAAUGUCGAUAAGGUCCUGUGCAGCUUUCGCAUUAAUGACACCCUUACUAAGAUGGUGAAGCCUUUGAUUGUGGAAGAUACAUACCUUCUCUGCCCUGCGCCAGUGCUUCAAGAUGAGGGAAUGGCAGCAAACCUUUAUGUCAGCAUGAACGAAGGUCUCAGUUUCAUCUCGAGUUCAGUCACCAUCACCACUGUUGGCUGUUCUGAUGGGACCAUCCUGGCCAUAGCUCUGCUCAUCCUGAUGCUGCUCCUGGUCUUGGCUCUCCUCUGGUGGUUCUGGCCUCUCUGUUGCACUGUGAUCAUCCAUGAACCCCCACCGCCAGCUGUAGAGGAGAGUUCGGAUGAUGAGGAUUUAGAAACCCCUAAGAAGAAAUGGCCGACUGUAGAUGCCUCCUACUAUGGAGGAAGAGGAGUUGGGGGAAUCAAAAGGAUGGAGGUUCGCUGGGGCGAGAAAGGCUCUACUGAAGAAGGAGCGAAGCUGGAAAAGGCCAAAAAUGCCAAAGUGAAGAUGCCCGAUCAGGAGUAUGUGCAGACCCCCAUGCGCGUUCUCAACAAUGGCAUGCACAAACCCUCAGGGCCACGCAAGUGGUACUCACCCAUCAAGAGCAAGCUGGAUGCAUUGUGGGUACUUUUAAGAAAAGGCUACGACCGUGUAUCUGUAAUGAGACCUCACCCAGGUGACAAGGGCAGAUGCAUGAACUUCACCCGCAUUAAGUCUCCAGCUCCUCACUACCCAAACAACAAUCACCACCUAGCUCCCAUCUACAACCCUCCCAGCAGGAAUCCACCUCCACCACAGGGCACCCUCCCACCAAGCCCCAACAGCCCUCCAUCAUCUCCGUCUUUCUCCUCCACCUGUCCACUGCUGCCUCCAACGCCUCCUCCCACCUACUCUACUCCGUCCCCUCCCAUCACCCCUCCCCCUUACACCCCACCUCCCAACCGGGCUCUUCCUCCGACCACGUUGCACAUACCUGUCCCGCCAGCGCUCCCACCCACCCCGCCCACCUCGCCCAUCCCACCACCCCCUGCCUCCCCGACCAGCCCCCUACCUCCUCCUCCACAGGGACCUCCCCCAGGACGAGCCCCCCCACCUGCCCGCCCCCCACCGCGCCCUGGCCUGUAGAGCAACACGCGUCCCACCAACAAUCAGCACAUCCUUGAUUGUACCUGCGAAUGAGGGCAUGUGGCCUUUCUGCCCCUGUGAAGUGGAGCAGUGAAGACAUGUUUUAUGCUAUUUGUCUACAGUGAAUUUUGUACACAUCUAGCCCAACAGUGCAAUUGCUCUGAUGCUUGAAUUACACAGACAUUCCCUACAAAUGAGGUCAUGCAGACCGCCUCAAAAACAUUUGCCUCUGUCUGUCUUUGGAGCUGCCUCAGGCCCUGUUGUCCCUUCCAUGACCACACAAGUCAGGACAAAGCCCUGAUGAAUCCCAAUCAAGCAGAGGAUUAAUGAAAUGAUCAUAAUACUAAAAUAUGUGCCUGUGUAACACUCCUGUCUUUUCUGAUAUGGGAUAAACGACUCGUAUCAUAUCUAUGUUCCACAUAGCCUACAGACUUGAUUCAGUGGAAUCUGAAACACCCCAAUUUUUAUUUUUUUUUGUCUUGAAUGUUGAGCAACUGCAUGCAAUAUUGUUUGAGUCAGCAUUUUUUUAAGUGCCUCUUUUAUACAACAUAAAUACAUUCUUUAUUUGUAUUGUUUUUCUAAUUCUUUAAUCGCCUUGUAAUUGCUGAAUUGUAGAUUACAUUGUCUGAGAUUGAACUUUGAAGUUAGAAAAAGUCACAGCUUGCAAACACACAAUAUUGUAGUAUAUGUGAAAUAACAUUGACUUCCGUCCUCACAACUUUUGACAUCUACAUGGUGUCAAACCAGCCUAAUGUGAGUCACAGCUGGCCUAUUUUUGGUGCACAUCAGAGUAAACAGUGAAUUGGGACACUAAAUUAGCCCUAUUACGAUAACUGACCUUACAAAGAUGGCUGCAGUCACCGCUAUAGUUGCAUAUGCUCUGUCUAUCGAGAUGUGGACAAAAAUAUGUCAGAAUCAGGGAAAAGCUUUGCACAUUGCCUCACUCAUCCACCUAUGGUCCUUAACAGAGGUUGGGUUUAAUGUAAAUAAUCAUUUUUAUAUAACCAUGUGUGUUUAGAUAUGUGUAUGUGUGUAUGAUUGUGUAUGUGUGUUGAAGAGAAAGAAACUGUAUGUGUACCAUCUGUAUUUGUGACAGUACAGUAAUUGUGACCAUUACCAAUAUUAAGUUUUUCAGUUUCAUUAAGAAAAUCAUCAUUUUUUUUUGCACAAGACUCUUUCAAUUCCUCUGGUCUUGGAACAUACAAGCUGUUCUUUGAUGCUGAUCAGAAGAGUCUCAGAAGAACACAGUGCAGAUUGCAAGCCCAUAUUUAGCACUCAGAUAUAGUCUGAAUCUUAUAUUAUCAUGAACAAUCUAAAAAGAUAGUAUGUAGCUCUCCACCAAUGCAGCAUGUACACAUCUACAGUAUGUCUGUUUCAGUCAAAAUGAAAGUAAACCUUUAAAUUGUAUAACAUUUUGUCUU